AGUUUGUAUCCAGCCGGAGGUUUUAUCUGAGCGUACCGUCCGUCCCGCUGAACGUUCCGGAGGCUUCAGUCAAACGUUGAGAGAAAAUUUACCGAAAACAUAAAUAAAAAUCUGGAGAAGACGCUUCAGAUGGAGCUCUCAUCUCUACUUCAUGACCUUCAUCUCUCCUCCUCCUCCUCAGAGAAGCCCCGCCCCUCUGCUGAUCUCCCUCCAAUCACAGAGCUCCUUCCUCAGCUGCAGGAGAAGCUGAUUGGUUCACCCUCUGACACCUGCUCCUUGAUUGGUCGAGUGGAGCAGCUGUUCCAGGCCGCACAUCCUUAUUGGUUGUUCUCUCUGGGCUCUGCCAAUCAGGAGGGAGAGUGGGCGGAGCUUCAGGCAGCAUACUGCUCUGUAAUCGGCGCUCUGAUUGGCUGUGCUGCUCUGCCACUGUGUGAUGACGACUGCAGCCCACUGAGCGCGGCGGCCUAUCAGAGCGUCCCGAUCCGUGCCUCCGCCGUAAGCUCCACCCUCACAGCGCUGAUUGAUAGCUGGGCCAGAGGGGGCGGGGCCAGAGGAGGUCUGCUGCUAGCCAUAGCUCCACCGCUCUGCGUCUUCAGCGUCACACACUUCCAGGAUCAGCUGUGGACUAGCUCCACCUCCAGAGCUGCUGCUCGUCGCCUGCAGGAGGCGCUGCUGAGGGCGGGGCAGUGGAGAGACUCCGCCCACCUGCUGAUGGGGGACCAGGAGAACCGAGGAAUUCUGGGAAAUGUUCUGGACAUUCUGCAGCCUCAGCUGAGCAAGGAGUCUCUCUUUCGCUGUGAAUCGGUGAAGUUCGUGUUUUCCUGGACGCUGCUGCAGGUGACUCGCCCCGCCCUCUCCCCCCUCCUGCCCCGCCUACUGCCCCCCUCCCUCCUCCUCAGCGACCAUCACAGACCAGAGAACUGCAUGAUGGGAGUUCAGUGUCUGCACCACGUCGUCCUGCACACGGCGGCUGCAGAUCUUCGUCAGUUCAACAGGUCAGAGGUUCUCUAUCAGGCUCUGUUCAGACUCUUGUUCACCACUGAGGAGGCCGUCAUCCAGCUGGUUCUGUCCUGCCUGCUGGACCUCCUGCUGGUCUUAGAAAAGCCCCCCGCCUCGCUGGCCCCCUCCCUCCCCCGCAGAAAGUCUUGUCGCCAUGAUGACGUGCUGCGACUGGUUCUGACCCACAUGGAGGCAGAACACAAGGUGGCGCUGCGACGCGUUUAUGCUGCCGCUCUGCCGCCGCUGGUCGACAGGGUGGGCGUGGCCAUCUGCAGACACCUGAGGCGGGUGGAGCGAGUGGUUCUGGGAUACCUGGAGAUCAGAGACCCACCUGAGGAGACAAGCAGACUGAAGAUCCUGGAAGUUCUGCAGAAGAUCAUCAGAAGCGCCUGGCCCAGGAUGCAGAGGCGCAGCGCCUCGUUGCUGCGUUGUUUGUUGCGGCUGCUGGUUGACGUUUCUUCAGACUCUGAACUCAGUGACUCGACUCGACGUCAGCUGAUGGAUCAAACGUCCGUCUGCCUGCGGCUGCUGGAUGCCUGUUGCCAUGGAGACGUCCAGCGGUGCCUCCUGCAGGUUGACAGCAGCUGCUGCAGUGCCGAGGUUCUCUGCUGCCUGGAGACGGUAACCACGACGACAGACCGGUGAUGGAGGCGGACUGACGGAGCAGAUCUGGUCCUCAUGAUGCUUCUGACCGGUCCAGCAGAGUCUCCAGCUGCUCCAGUUUCAGAUCCACUAAACUUCCCUCCGUCUGCAGACGUCUGAGGUUCUGCUGCCGAGUCCACAGACUGGAGCGAAGACGAGCCUGAAGACAAACAGAACGUUAAAGUUCUACAGAACCGGGAUCUGGUUUCUGUUGUUCUCACUUGAAUGGUUCGACAGCUGAACCAGAACUGUGAUGUUCCAUUAAAUUCCAGGUUGAGUGAACAGAGAACCAAGCUAACGAUACAACGAUGUCAUAGUUCACCUGCUCUGUUAGCACGGCGGCUAGCUGUGAGCAGCUCCGUGGUUGUUCUGUUUCUUUUCUUCAGUUUCAUGUUGCGUUCAGUUUGUGUUUCUGAGAAAAACUUUAGAAGAACCUAAAGAAGAACCCAACUGACAGAAAGUACAUGGAACCAGAACCAUCAGUGGAAUUAAACAUCUGGUUACCUGUCCAGGUGACAUCCAACAUGACCAUUAGAUGUUUGUAUUUGUGACACCAACCAUCAGUUAGCUGCUAACAGCUAGCCACCAUGCUAACUGCACUAGUUAACAUUCCAUCAGAGGACAACCAGCGGAGCGGGUCAAAACUCAGCGGGUCACCAAAACUACACAAGAAGUGACAUCACAUAUCAGAUCAUAUUAUGCAGAAGCUGCUGGAGGGUUAAAGGUUUAAAUUAAAGGAGGCUAACAGUUUCCCCCCGCUUCCAGUCUUUGUGCUAAGCUAGGCUAACAAUAUGCUGCAGCAUCAUCAUGUUGAAGUUUAUGAGUUACUACUGUUUUAUUCUGUAAAACAGUUGUGACUUUACAGCUCUGUUCUUUCCUAAGUUUGCUGUGAAAAUAAACAUAAAGCUGAAUUUA